AUGGAUCCCUUGACAGCACAUGGCCGUCCUCUACCACCACCUUUCCACACUAGAGAUCUUCAGCUACAACACCACCCUCAUCAAUUCCAACACCACCAACAGCCGGAGUCUGAAGAUGAACAAAGUGGAAGUAGCGGUCUAAAUCGAGGCCAAAAACGAGAUCGUGAUCAUUUCAACAUCGCCGCCACCACCACCACCACCACAUCUGAAAGCAAAGAAUUGAUUCCACUCACCGGAGAAGGAGAAGCCACAAGAAGAGCCCGAGGAAGGCCUGCUGGUUCUAAGAACAAACCCAAACCUCCAAUCAUAAUCACUCGUGACAGUGCCAAUGCCCUCCGAUCUCAUGUUCUUGAAAUUGCAAAUGGUUGUGACAUUCAAGAUAGUAUAUCCACUUUCGCCACAAGAAGACAAAGAGGGGUUUGCAUUUUGAGUGGCAAUGGCACUGUCACUAACGUGACUCUAAGACAACCAGCUUCACCUGGUGCAGUUGUGACUUUACAUGGAAGAUUCGAAAUUCUCUCUCUUUCCGGUUCAUUUCUACCACCUCCGGCACCACCGGCGGCAUCUGGGUUGACCAUAUAUCUUGCCGGAGGUCAAGGACAGGUGGUUGGGGGCAGCGUUGUGGGUCCCUUGGUUGCUUCAGGUCCGGUGGUGAUUAUGGCAGCGUCUUUUGGUAAUGCAGCAUAUGAGAGGCUUCCUCUUGAGGAUGAAGAGCCACCGUCAUCAGUCGCCGGAAGUGGCCCUCUUGGAUCGCCUGGAAUGGUUGGCCAACAACAACAACAGCAGCUUAUGACUGAUCCAAACUCAUCGCUUUUUAAUGGGCUGCCUCCAAAUCUUCUAAAUUCAUGCCAAUUACCAGCUGAAGCCUACUGGGCCACAGGUCGUCCUCCUUAUUAA